UAUCCACGUACUGUAUAUGACCACUCAGUGUUUUAGGUGCCGUGUGGGUGAAAAACAGGGAUGUAAGUACAAUAUAUAGAUUCCUUUACUUAGUUUUUUGCAGUAGUCUUGUGUAUGGGUUAGCAUGUAUUGCUUAUAAUUCCAUUACAAGGGAGAAAGGUGAAUCACUAUGUUUGUAUGUCAGUGAAUAGGAUGUUUGCCCUGAUUUGUAAAUGCAUAGUCCGUAUUUAAAAAAUAAAUAAAUAAAUAAAGAUAUUGCAAAAGUCUACUGGAAGCCAUAAUCGUAGUACAGUAUUUCAUGUUAGAUUUUGAAAUGUCAAUUUUUUCAAUUUGGUCAGUUUUUUGUUAAUAUAUAAUUUCAUAUUUCCCUUGUUAGCUAUAUUGUUCUCAAAUGUUAUGAGUUUUAUUUUAAUACCUGGCUUUUUAAAAUUGUACAACAGUUUAACUAUGUUCUUUCUUCUCACUUUUGAACUUCAGAUGCUGUACACUACUAUUGUUAUUUGUAUUCCUAAGCAUUUAUUAGAAUGUUUGUGUCCUUUGCUCACUUACAUCACAACUAGGCUUUCUUCUCCUGGUAUUGAGGAGUCACAGUUUGUGGGGAUCCAUGUUGUGUACGAGGAUUACAGUGCUGUACCCUUUAGAGAUUAUUAGAAAGAAUGUUUUAGUCUGGGAGGAUUCAUCAAUCUGGUCUUCAGAAAUUCAGGUUUGACUCAGACUAAAACAUGAUUAUAGAGGUUAACAUAUAGUAAUCAGGACUCAGACCAAACUGGAAAAGAGACAUGUGGAAAUAUGGUAGCUUACAGAUCCUGCUUGCUGAACAUAUAUUAGCUUGGUGGUAAAACUAUACAUAACAUUUCUCUAAUUACUGUGUAUUUACAUAGUAGUGACUUAGUAAAUACACAAGUAUUUACACAUACAAUGUUAUUAUGCAUAGUUACAAUGUACUUUAUGUGUAAAUUACCAGUUGGGUCUAAAAUAACAUACAGUACUAGCGGCCUAUUUUAAUAAUCAAAAAUGUAUUGACCUGAUUUUUCACUGAACUCAUUGUGUUGUGUUAUUUAUGUGUGUGAGUGUGUGUGUGUGUGUCUGUGUGUGUGUGUGUGUGUAGUAAUGUUAAUAAGAGGGUCAAAAAUCACUCCUAGAUGGACUAAUAUAGAGUUAAAGAGUCCGCAGAUGCUUACAUCAUUAAAAUGGACCCUUAGCUGCUCUGUUCUGUGUGCCUAAAAUACUUUAGCGUUUGCUUUUUACAUCCAGCUCUGGGGACUGAGCCUAAUGCAGCCAAAGUAUGACAGAGAACCCGUACUCAUGAUUCUUCACCAUCAUCCUGAUUUGCAUAUUGUCCCUGUAAUACAGUCUCUAACUAUCCUCCCUGCCAGAAAGGGGGUGUCUGGCAUUGCCCCCUGCUGGACAGCUGGACUGCUGCAAUACUAUUUUGCUUUACCAUGCUUUCUCUACAGUGUGCAUUAACUAUUGUAUUCCACUGUUCAGGACAAUGACUCUUUUAUUUAGUUUCAAUCGGCCAUCACUUUGAAAAGUAAUUACUGUAUAUAGUAAAUCUGUGAUUAUUCUUUAUCACACUUUGAGACACACCAUAAGCUAGCAUCAAUUCACAUUAAACAUUGGCCCAUUUCUAGGAAGUACUUAAUUUAGUUACACAAAUCACCUGGAAUGGAGCACACACAUCUACAGUAGCAUUUUGAAAAGAAGUUAACUGUAAAGAAAAACAAGACAUUUUGACACAAACUCGACAUUUCGUUUUGGAUUUUAAGAGAUUGAACAUAACUGAAGAACAUAACUGAAGAAAAGAACAGCUCUUUAGAUAUUACUCCUUUUUAUUAUCAAUUAUUUCACAGUCUACUUUAUGAAUAUUUAAGAUUCAAUGGAACGUAAUCAUAACUUGAGUCAAUUUCUUCUUUGUUGCCACUAGUUUUUACCAUAUAGAAUUACCAAAUGUAAUAAAAAAAGCAUAUGUUUUUAAUGUUCCCUUAUUAUUCAACCAGUAGUGUCAAGAUUAUAUUACAGGCACCUGUUCAUGUGAAGUGAUGUCGUCGGGGCCACACAAAGAGCCCUCCUCACCACACUUCAUCCUCACCCUGAGAUCACAGGCAGUCCCAGAGAAUGAGGAUGUUCGUUUUUUCUGCACAAUAUCUGGCACUCCAGAACCAACGGUGACCUGGUACAGAAAUGGUCAAAUACUCAUCAAUACAAAUGAACCAACUGAACAAGAAACAUUAAUGGGCAACUACAUUCACACUCUUCACUUACCAAAGUGCACAGAAGACAAUGCUGCAGUGUAUCAAGUAUCUGCCAGAAACAACAAAGGGAUGAGCAGCUCCUCUGCAGUUCUGGAAGUUGGAUCUUUUACACGAACGAGGGUUUUUGAAAGAAUGCUCAGAAAAACAAAGGGAACUGAGCUGGACACACAACCUCAGGAUAAGACUGCUCAACAAGGUUCCAGGGUAGAUGGAAGCAGGACAGUGGCCUCAGAUGAACAGUGUCCUGCAUUGGUACAGUCUGGGUCAAUAAAUGAUGAGCAACCUACUAAAGAAAAGAACAGCUAUUUAGAUAUAAAUACCUUGAAAAAUGCAUAUACUAGUAAAAAUAUUACAAACAAGACUAAAAAGUGCAAGGGUACUACACACAGGCUAAAAGCAGCAGAUGGGUCACCUAGUUACAACAGUCCUCCAGUUAUCAGGAAUGGUAAGGAUGUGGCUGGAAGAGAUAUAGACACAUAUGACAAGCACCAUUUAGGAUGUGAAUACAGUGACUUGGCAGAGCCCAUGACCAAAUUUGUGGCACCUGUUGGGGCUGACGUACACGCAGUGAGCCAAGCAGAGAACCACACACAGAUUAACUCUAAAAAUGGUUGUAGUUUUCAUAACACACCCUCUGUGGACACAUGUCUCAUCACAGCUGAGGAGUUCAAUCUAGAUGACCUGGAUGAUUCUGAAUGUUCUGAUGGCAUGACGGAAUAUACCAAUGCAAUCUGGCAAGCAAGAGUGCAAGGAAUUGAGCUGUCGCUUUUAAAAGAAGGUGACCACAGUGAUGAUGACCUCAGUCUAGAGAAGGAUUACAUUGUCAACAGUCCUGAAAAAGUAAAAAAGCUCCUGGAAUCGAGUGACAGUAAAGCUGUGGAUGCAAUCUCUGGUGGUCAGUCAAGAGUUAAAAAGCCAGCUGUCUAUGGAAGCCCAUCUGAAAACAACCCCUCAAGCAAACACAGAGACAUGGUUCACAUAGCCACUCAGUACCAAGGUGAGUGGCUUGCAAUAAAACCACAAGCGCAGACUACCAUGGCAAUUAAGAAUAAAGGCCUUGAAAAAGCAGAGGACAAUUGCAUGAAUAUUAUUUUGCCAGAACAUAAAUACAAGAAAGUUGAUGAAGAAAACAUUGAAGUGACAAAGGAGAGAAAUGUCACAGAUUUGAACUCUCUUUCAGGGAUAUGUGAAGGAGAACUAGCUCUCAAAGUUAAAGGAGAACAUUUGUCAGAGACAGAUAAGGAGGAAAUAAAAGGCAAGAUAAAGAACAUUGCUCAGUCUCGAGAAGAAAAUUCCACUGGAAUAAUCAACUCAGAGAAGGAGAGUGCUUUAAAACAGUCUGGCACACUAGAUUCUAAGAAACUCUGCAAGUGGGACUUGCCUAACGUUGUUCCUAAGUGUGAAAACUUUAUACCCGUGGAAACUAAAGCCAUUUUAAGCGACAGCAGUACAGUAAGGGACAAUUGCACUGAAGAAAGUUUGAUUACAGAGAAAACAGAUAGGAUUUACCCCUGUGAAAGGACUUCCCAUAAGAAACAAUUUGGAUUAAUGUGUGAAGAACUCAAUAUACAGAUGACUGAGACCAGACCUUACCCUGAAAUUGAAGAAACACCCACAGGUUCAUACCUUCACUGUAAGGAAUCAGGACGAUUCAACUCCUCUUUGGAAAUUUUGCAUCGCAUAAAGGCUGAGGCUGCAGAGAAUUUCAAUGAGCCUUUAGGUUCACGUUGUCUCAAAAAUUCUUGCUUGAGCGAAGACCUUAAUGUGAAGAUGGAUCAACGCAAUAAUGAUGGGAAAACUGUUUCUCAGACCCAGUACAGCAGCACAGCAACAAAUACCCUAGACAAACCUUUGCAAUUAAAGCAUAGCCCAUCUUUUGACGGCUGUGAAUUUGCAAAGUGCUCUAUGAAGAAUCAAAAAGUAAACCUGUGUAAUAAUACCCUGAGGCAAGAUAGUGAUCUAAAGGAUAUUUUACCCACAUCAUUCACUGGUGCUGAGGGGUCUCAAGAAGGGAAUGCGCAGUACAAAACUAGAGACGAUUUUCAACACACCAAAGAAAGUGUUUUUCUCAGAAAUGGAGCAUCACAAGAAAACCUACGAUAUACAGACUCAUCAUUAAACACAAAGCGGUGUAAUGUUAUUGAUAAUGAAUCACACAUUCAUGAUGAAAGCCAUUCAUCAAAGCUGCCACAAGACGAAGGACCAUUCAAAGACAAUUCCUGUGGAUCUACAUCUACAUCACUCAUAUCCCCUUCAAAGGAAGUAAACAGCAUGACGAAUCAAAUAAAUAACCUUUGUAAUGAAGUUUCAGAUACAAACAGAUUACCUUCUGCCAUUAAGAAAAAGCCUCCCAUGAAUGAUACAUCUAAGUCUGCCUUUUCACUGCUUAAUCAAAAAGAUGACAUUCAGAAAGAUAAAACCACAAACUCAGACACAAAGUCACCACACCCAACUAGUAGACAUGAAGCUCAAACUAUUUCACCACCUGUUAAAACAAAUACAAGCAUCAACAUGUUAAAAGGGUCUGAAUUUGAGGUAACAAAUGAGAAACAUGUUUCCACAACAGAUGGCAGGAAUGCAACUGAGUCCAACUUUAAAUGUAUACCUGGGGAUUUAAUCUUACAGGAAGUCAUUGCAACUGAUCAACAAAGUGUUGUACAGCACCCAAAAGAAACCCUAGAAUCGUGUACAAUUUGUAAGCCAGUGCCUGAACAAAAUGAAGAUAAUGUGAUGGAAAUUACAGAUGAAAAGGUCAGCAAUCAGAUAAAGUCUGCUCACUUAUCGUUCAUAGAGAUUGAUACAGCUGUCCCACAAACUGCCAUACCGGAGGCAGUGGAUUUGUCAAUGAUGUGCGCAUCAGUGCCAGAGCAUGCGGUAGCUAAUUUGGUGACAGUAGGCUUAAAAAAGUCUAAUGUUGUGCCUCCAGAAAAGAUGAAUCACUCUGUUGAACAAACAGUCUUGCAACAGGCCAAGAAAACCAAUGAGUCAUCUGUAAUUCUUAAGUCACAUAGUAAAGCCUUCAAUGGGAAAUCUGUAACACAAAAUACAGACAGAAUGAAAACUGGAACUUCAAAACAGCAGGCGAAAGAGCAAAACACCAGUAAGUCUUGUGGUGGACAAAUAAAAAAUGUGCAGCAAGUAAAAGGCGUAGAAUCCCCCAAAAAAGUCCCUAAAGAUAGAAAAUCUCCCUCUAUGGAUAAAGACAGUAAUAACAAUGCAGGGGGUUCAAAGGUGAAAGAUGCAGCUUUCGGGGCAAAACAAUUACUGUUGAGCAAGAAAAACCUUGAAAAUCCUACACCAGCUGCUUCGUCCAACCCUAGAAAGGGGAAUCCGGUUAAAGAUAAUGAACACAAACAUUCAACUGCCAAAGAGCUCCCACUUAGUGCUAGAAGAAAAGUUACUACUCCAGACAAGUCUGGCAAGCACUCUGCACCAGAGGAAACACAAUCAGCUACUGAAGUGCACCAGCAUAGGGAAGAGAUAACCAAACGCAUGCGUUUGUCGGGGGAAAGAACCAAGGGUGAAUCUGUGGAAGCAAAGCAACACAAGCAGCAUUUAGGAGAAAACGAACAUCUUGGGCUAAAGAAGAAGGAAGGCCAAAGAGCUACAGGGCAGGAGACUCCAAAAAGGAAUCAUAAUGAUCAGCAGAAAAAGAAACAUCCCAUAAAGGAGGAAAACAAAGUGCCCAAAGUUCUUCAGCACAUCCAUGCAGAAACCUUUCCAGAUAUUUCUGGAAACAUCAAACUCUGGUGCCAGUUUGGUGACAUCUACGCAGAUUCAACUAUCACAUGGUCUAAAGAUGGGGUGGUGUUGGCCAAAGUACAGAGAAGUGCAGGUGAUGACAGCCCAGAUUCCCUGGCCAUUGUUCAAGCGACAAUUAAAGAUCAGGGGAUGUAUCAGUGCAAGCUGAAGAAUCCCAAUGGGAAGAUGUCAUCUGAAUUCAGACUGACCUCAGAAGCACUGAAUGAACUAAUUAGUAAGCAAGACCUCGAAGGUGGGGAAGAAAUUAAAUGUGCACAGCUGAUGUUCAGAGAAGAUUUUUUGAGGGACCAAUAUUUCGGAGAUGAUCUGCUUGCCAGCAUUGUUACAGAAGAGCAGCACUUUGGGGAAGGAAUGCACCGGAAAGCUUUCCGAACAAAGGUCAUCAGUGGCUUGAUGCCAGUGUUUAACUCAGGGCACACUUGUGUCCUCAAAGUCCAUAACGCAAUUGCCUAUGGGACCAAAACUAAUGAUGAGCUCAUUCAGAAGAACUACAACUUAGCAGUACAGGAGUGCCAUGUACAAAACACAGCAAGAGAAUACAUUAAAGAAUAUAGAGCUGACAUAAAAUGUACCAAAGCUUUUGGAGAAGUGCCAGAAAUAAUUCCUGUCUACCUUAUCCAUCGUCCUGCCAACAACAUCCCAUAUGCAACCCUGGAAGAGGAACUGGUUGGGGACUUUGUGAAAUAUUCUGUGAAGGACGGCAAGGAGAUGAAUAUGAUGAGAAGAGAGUCCGAUGCUGGACAGAAAUGCUGUACCUUCCAGCACUGGGUCUACAAGAAGACAGACGGGAACCUCCUAGUCACUGAUUUGCAAGGUGUGGGCAUGAAGUUAACUGAUGUUGGAAUAGCAACCUGUGGCAAAGGGUACAAGGGGUUCAAAGGGAACUGUGCAACUUCCUUCAUUGAUCAGUUUAACGCUCUCCACCAGUGUAAUAAAUUCUGUGAAAUGCUGGGCUUGAAGUCAUUGCAAAGCAGCCAACCAAAGCCCAGAAAGACAGCAGCAGUGAAAGCGAGGGGACAGCCAAGCUCAAAGAAAAUUGUAUGUUUGCCUCACACCAAGAACAAAACAUAAACUGGCAGUGCUGACAUACAGAAGCAUAAAUGUGGAAUUAUAAGACUAAGAGGAUAAUAUAUUAGGAUUGAUGACUGUUACAUAUACCAGCAUUCAGAAAAGAAAAAAAAAACUCUGAACAGGACUGGAAUUCCACAACUUGAGUGCUUCACUUACCAUGAAUAUAAUACAGCAGAUACGGUACAGAAAUUAUCCAGGCAGGCAUGAGCACUGCAAAGCCAGGCAGUCUGUGAAUACUUCAUAAUCUUUGAAUAUGAGUUAUGUAUGUGAUGAAACAGAAAUGUUUCAAUAUUAUUUUACCACAAUGUGGGCUUGCUACCAGAUUGGUAUUUUUUUCUGUUGGUUUGUUUGCUUUCAAAAAUGUAAAUAAAUAUCUGCAACCAGGUAUUGAUUGUUUAGGCACUAGUAAAAGACAGGAAUUGAUGAAUGGAUGCAUGUGCAUUGUACAGAUUUAUUUAUCCAUACAAAAUAUCCAGGUGUUUAGUUUAUAAAGCUAAAGUCCCAAAGUGCUGUAAUAGUAACUGGGAUAUAUAACUUAAAUGAAGGGACAUUUCAACACAAUUUAAUAAGGGUAAACAAGGCACUGGUUUCAUUGGGCCCCAUUCAAAAAAUAUUAAGACUGUUUUAAAUAGUUUUAAUAAAAAGAGAAUAAUAUCCAAUGGUUAAAAAAACCUCUUCUAGUGUUUCCCCUGGGCAAAGUCUUAAUAUAAUAUGCCUUAUUUUGAGGCUUUAGAGCAGAGUUGACAGCAAUAAACUAGACUGGACUUAUUUCUUUACAAAAAAAUACAGUGUUUUACUGGACUUAUGGUUUACUCAUGUAUUGUUAUUUAUUGAAUUAUUUAAGAUUCAGUGCUGCUAAAAUGUAUCGUUCUGUGUCUAUGUAGCAUAUCAGUAACACUUCAUAAUUAAUGUGUCGUUUAUAAAUAGUUUAUUAACAUAGUAUAUAUGCUUAUAGAUUAGUUAUUUGUUAUAAUACAUUAUAGAACAAGUGAUAAAUGUUAGUAAUGACAUUUACAAAUGAAAUAAAUGAAAAUAUGAAAUAGUUUAUAUGUAUUUCUACUUAAUGGAUGAUGUUACGUAAAUCUUAAUAAAGCAUGUUUUAACAUGCAAUUUAAAUGGAUUGUCAUGUUUUUUUCUACUUUUUGAUGUGACUAUUUAUGCAGGGCUUUAAGCUAAUAGACAUGCUUUACAUGAGUAAAUGCCUAUGGUAGUUUAUAACAUAAUGUUGUUGUUUCAAGCUCUGGGCUGGCAUUUGUGCUAAAAUAGGUUCAUUAUGAUGUAAAAAACCAAAAUACUGUUCUAUUAAACUAUGUAAUGUGUAGAAUUACAGAAAUAGUGGUAGUAUUGACAUUGUGAUGCAUGUAAGCAUAAAUUCCAAUAAAUAUAAUGCUAUACUGUAUAAUGCUUUUGAGUAUCACUAAGUUUGCAAUUAUUAGUGUUCAACACAUCGGUCAUUACCUAGAUUAAUUUACCGUGGUGACUCUCAGGUGUCUCAAGCUGGAGGCACUUAACGAAAGAUAAAGUCAAUUAUCUACAGUACAGGUAAUGAUCUCUGCAGAUGAUCAAGCAAAUGGUGACAGUUCGGACAGCUACUUACGUUUAAACCCCACAUUCUGGUGCUCUCUAUAACUUUUAGUAAAUGAUGUAUAAACAUACUAAAGGACAUCCCACUUAAAUAUGUGAAGUGGAGUAAGUACUUCUCUAGGAUUCUGUUGCAAUUAACAUGUAUUGGUAACUACAGUGUGAUUUUGAAGUGUAUCCUAGAGUGUAUAGAGCCACAGCAGGACAUGUGUUUCUGUCACUCAAAGAUUUGUGCUUUUGUAAAAAUGCAUUAACAUGUUUGGUUUAUUUUCACAACAAAAUAUCAGCACAUUAUUUACAUACAAUAUUAAGAAAUAAAAAAGUGAUGCUGCUUACUAAAUGCAUUCAUGCCUUACCUCAUCAUGAUACAAGUGUUGCCAGCAUAUCUGUCUUGUUUUAUAUUUACCCAACACAAACUCUAACAUAAAUGAACAAAAGCGCUGUGGCUAGCUUCAAGAUUAAAUUUCUCCUACUGAUAUUUUCCCCAGUGCAUUCCUUGUACAAAAUGAAAGAAUUCAUGGCUGCCAGAUCCAGUAGAGAUAUCAAAAGGCUUGU